CGGGGCGGGGAGUCUAUUUAUAUGGGGGCAGUCUUCUUCUCAGCCAGUUGAAGAAAGAAAAAGGGUUACCACUUUGUCAAAUCUUCUAACUUAAGAGUAAAAAUGAGGGAAAUCGUGCAUCUUCAAGCUGGACAAUGCGGUAACCAGAUCGGAGCCAAGUUCUGGGAGGUUAUCAGUGAUGAACACGGUAUUGAUCCCACCGGCACAUAUCAUGGCGACAGCGACCUCCAGCUCGAUAGGAUCAAUGUCUAUUACAAUGAGGCAUCAGGAGGCAAAUACGUGCCCCGUGCUGUGUUGGUGGAUCUGGAGCCUGGUACCAUGGACUCCGUGAGAUCCGGACCUUUUGGUCAGGUCUUCAGGCCAGACAACUUUGUUUUUGGUCAGAGUGGUGCUGGAAACAACUGGGCUAAAGGUCACUACACCGAGGGAGCAGAGCUGGUGGACUCUGUCCUGGACGUGGUUCGUAAAGAGGCCGAGAGCUGCGAUUGCCUGCAGGGCUUCCAGCUCACCCACUCUCUCGGUGGAGGCACUGGCUCAGGGAUGGGCACCCUCCUCAUCAGCAAGAUCCGCGAAGAGUAUCCCGACCGCAUCAUGAACACCUUCAGCGUGGUGCCCUCACCCAAAGUGUCCGAUACUGUAGUAGAGCCAUACAAUGCUACGCUGUCUGUCCACCAGCUGGUGGAAAACACAGAUGAGACCUACUGCAUCGACAACGAAGCUCUGUACGAUAUUUGCUUCCGCACCCUCAAACUCACCACACCUUCAUACGGUGACCUCAACCAUCUGGUCUCCGCCACCAUGAGCGGAGUCACCACCUGCCUCAGAUUCCCUGGCCAGCUCAACGCAGAUCUGCGCAAGCUGGCCGUAAACAUGGUGCCCUUCCCUCGUCUCCACUUCUUCAUGCCUGGCUUCGCUCCUCUCACCAGCAGGGGGAGCCAGCAGUACCGUGCACUGACCGUUCCUGAACUCACGCAGCAGAUGUUCGACUCCAAGAACAUGAUGGCCGCCUGCGACCCGCGUCACGGCCGCUACCUCACAGUUGCCGCCAUCUUCCGUGGCCGCAUGUCCAUGAAGGAGGUGGACGAGCAGAUGCUCAAUGUUCAGAACAAGAACAGCAGCUACUUCGUCGAAUGGAUCCCCAACAACGUCAAGACCGCUGUCUGCGACAUCCCACCCAGGGGACUCAAGAUGGCUGCCACCUUCAUCGGCAACAGCACUGCCAUCCAGGAGCUGUUCAAGAGGAUCUCAGAGCAGUUCACUGCUAUGUUCAGGCGCAAGGCUUUCCUGCAUUGGUACACCGGAGAAGGUAUGGAUGAGAUGGAGUUCACUGAGGCCGAGAGCAACAUGAACGACCUGGUGUCCGAGUACCAGCAGUACCAGGAUGCCACCGCAGAGGAGGAGGGCGAGUUUGAGGAGGAAGGAGAGGAAGAGCUGGCUUAAGUCUCUUAAUAUAAGUGUGUCGUUUUUCCAGGCUGUAUCAUUUUGCUCAUGUACAAGGAAACAAAUUUUUCCAAAGCUCAAUUUUCUUUUUCUGUUCUUGUCUCUUGUUUGUACAGAUGUCAUUAAAGGCUUUUUCUUCUGUUGAAA